AUGAGUCGGUCCUGCCAACCCUCGCCUAUGGCGUGUCACGUUCCCACCGCGCCUCGCGUCUCGCACCUGCCGCGCACCGUCAGACAUCACAGAACGCGCAUUCAACCGCCGUCAUCACUUGCAGCGAUCACCGGCUCUUCUCGCCGGACAUCGCUUGCUCCCCGGCGCGCGCACACGCGGCGACGAGCAGUGGCGGCGAGCGCGGUCGCGUCGGCGCACGGCGAGGAGCGGUGGCGCGGGGAGGGACGGCAGGCGGGCGUGGCGCUGCUGGUGGACGUGGAAGGGGUGAUGGUUGAUCUGCAUCGCAACGGGCACAUGGAAGCCCUCAACUCAGCCCUGUCGUCACUGGCGUUUGACGCGCACCGCCUCUCCCCCUCGCGCUACAGAGACCUUCACAGGAAGUGUGCAGGAAACUUCGAGCUGCUGCUCUCCACGCACUUCAAUGCUUCAGCGUGGCCCAUCCCCUCGUUGGACGCACAGGCCAAGCAGGCCUUGCUGCAGCGCCUGCUCAACCUCAAGGCGCAGGCCCUGUCGCGUGCGCUGCAGCAGGGCUCGGUACCGCUGCGGCCCGGACUCGUCGACUUCCUACAGGACGCGGUGACAUCGGGAGUACACGUGGCAGUGCUGGCAGGGCUGGCGAGGAGUGGGGAGGAGACAGGGAGGGGAGUGUUGAGGGGCAUGCCAGCGGCGCUGCAGCAGCAGGUGCAGGUGGUGGGCGAGAGGGAGGCGAGGGAGAGUGCGUUCGGGCAGGUGGUGCUGGGAGGAGGGGCGUCGGCUGGCGUGGACGAGGCACUGGCUGCACAAAUGGCUCAGGCUGUGUUGGUGGAGAAGAGGCGAAUAGCAGAGGAGGUGGCGCGCACGCUCAAGCUCACAGUGGACCUAGACAUCCCGUCUGAGUCACAGGAGGGUGUGGCCAUGCUGCGGGCAGCAGCGGAGGUGGUGGGGGUGCCGGCGGCAGCGUGUGUGGUGCUGGCGGGGUGUCAGGGCACGGUGCAAAUGGCGGGGCGAGUGGGCAUGACUGCAUGUGUUGUUCGCAGCAGCAUGACAUCAGGGGCGGAGUUCAGAGGAGUGCGAGCAGUGUUUGAUGGCUUUGGUCCCGGCGCCCUCACUCUCCCACGCCUCCUGCGCAUGCUCGCUGCUGCUCCCACUGGGCCCCCAACGCCAUCCCUGUGA